GAGCCCACACACUCCGGGGUGGGAUUUAGACAAUGACGUCACAAAAUGGCGGACCUGUGUUGGGCACGGGACACUUUACUGGGUUAAGAUUUAUUUUAGGUCGUUAUUUAGAUAUUUAGCAGUCAAUGUUAAAAACAAGACGUAUGUUAAUGUGAUUGCAGUGUCUGGUUAUUUACAUAUUUGAGGCUCAGCAGUUACCUAUCUAACGUUAACGCUCAUUUGACUGAACCCUCUCCACGGAGAGCGCGAGAGCUCCGAGUGGGCUGGAAGCUUCCUCGAGCCGGAAAAAACAACCAGCGAGGGGAUGGAGAUAGACUGCCAGCCCGAGGAAUCCGUCAUCCCUUCUUUUGAUGAGGACUGUGUUGAGCUGGGUGACGUCAAGGACAUGAGAUUGGAGGCAGAGGCAGUGGUCAAUGACGUCCUUUUCGCCGUUUCUGAAAUGCACCUGUCACAAAGUUUCAACAGCGCGAAAUACGUGGCCUACAUAAACGUGGAAACAAGAGAGGGAAACCGGUAUUGUCUGGAGCUCACCGAGGCAGGACUACGGGUGGUGGGAUAUGCUUUCGACCAAGUGGACGAGGAUUUGAAGACACAGUAUCACGAGACUGUUUACUCGCUUCUGGACACGCUGAGUCCGGGUUACAGAGAAGCCUUUGGGAACGCUUUGCUCCACCGGCUGGAGCUGCUGAAGCAAAACGGACACUAAAAAAAGAACCAUGAUGCUGCAUAAGUUGUACAAGUGGAAUAGGGCUCGAUGAUGUGGGGUGUAUUUGGAUAUAUGAGAGAAUAAUAACCAAGUCUGAUCAAAUAUUAUAACCCAUCAUGUGACGUCCACCUGCCACCACUAUAAGGGCUGCCCGCCCUAUCAACUGUGCUUUGUCCUGACUUCCAUAUCAUUGAAUGACUUCAUGUUAGCUACUGCUCGGGAUCAGCUGUAUGAGGUCUGUUGCAACAUUGUGUUAACUUUACUGUGGAAGGAUCGUCCACAUGAUAGAAAUGUUCCGACUGUGCACAUUUAGAGUUCUACACCUUUUUGUACUUAUCAAAAUGAUCCGAGAAGGUAGAGCAGCUAUUUAUAUGAAUUAUUGAUCCAGUUUUCUCCUCUGCCCUGCUUUCACUGUAGUUGUGAACUGAUAUCUGCUCAAAUAUACCCAACUACUUGUUAUUCAGCAGCUGAAAGAGCCAAAGCUAUAUUCUUUCAACUCGUGUGUGCGCACACACACACACACACACAGCCUUAAUGAUUUUUGUUGGAAAAGUACA